AUGUCGGCAAAAUACUCUGCGAGGCCCCUCCUUAGCCACGGCUUGAGGGGCCAACUGGUGGGAUCCACCUUCCGAGCCGGCCGGAGGUUCUCCGUGACGACCGCCCGGAAGAGCACUCAAGGUGGCAACUCCGAAAGCUCAAGCGCGAAUUCGCAUGCUGGUUGGAAUGGAAAGUCUGUUUGGGGUGUGGCUUUGGCUGCCGGCGCCGCUGGAUGGGGUCUUGCCAGUUCAAGAAAAGAAAGCCCCUUGUCGUCCAACUUUCUCCCUCUCGCGGAUGGCUCGCUGCUUGGCGGUAUCGGACCUAUCAAGUAUGCGAGUAUGGCCGAAAUGGAGCAGGCCCUGAAGGAAAUUCGCCAAGAACUAGGAGGCGAUGACAUUAUUUCGACUGAUCCUGAGGACUUGCAUGCUCACGGCUACUCUGAAUGGUCGACGACCAACCCCGAUGGUCUUCCUGUGGCAGUCGCGUACCCGCGAUCAACGGAACAGGUCUCGACGAUUGCACGCGUGUGUUUCAAGUACAACGUCCCUAUCAUCCCUUAUUCUGGUGGUUCCAGUUUGGAAGGCAACUUCUCAGCUCCGUAUGGCGGAAUCAGCGUCGACUUUGCCUUCAUGGAUAGAAUUCUCUCUUUCAACAAGGAAGAUAUGGAUAUUGUUGUCCAGCCAAGUAUUGGAUGGCAGGAUUUGAAUGAGAAGCUGGCGAAAAUGGAGAGUGGUCUCUUCUUCCCCAUUGAUCCGGGUCCAAGUGCGAAGAUUGGAGGAAUGAUCGGUACCAAUUGCUCGGGAACAAAUGCGGUUAGAUACGGAACCAUGAAGGAUUGGGUCAUCAACCUGACCGUCGUUUUGUCCGACGGCACCGUGGUCAAGACUCGAAGACGGCCAAGAAAAUCAUCCGCCGGCUACAAUCUCAACGGGCUCAUCGUUGGGUCUGAAGGAACGCUUGGUAUUGUUACCGAAGCCACUCUCAAGCUCACAGUCGUACCGGAGGAUUUCUCUGUGGCAGUUGUAACAUUCCCAAGCAUUCGAGAUGCAGCGGCUGCUGCGGCCGAGGUAAUGCGAAAUGGCAUUCCUGUCGCUGCCAUGGAGAUCAUGGACGAAGUCCAGAUGAAGGUCGUCAACCUGGGAGGUGCUACAGCUCCUCGGGUAUGGAAGGAGCUUCCGACUCUGUUCUUCAAGUUCUCUGGUACCAAGGCUGGUGUAAAGGAAAAUAUCGGCCUGGUGCAGGAUAUCACCAAGAACCACAAGGGCGGAAACUUCGAGUUCGCCAAGGAUGCACUUGAGCAGAAGCUUCUCUGGUCGGCUAGGAAAGAAUCGCUUUGGUCAAUGCUGGCGCUUCGUAAAGACGGAGAGGAAGUCUGGAGUACGGACGUCGCAGUGCCCUUCAGUCGGUUGGCCGAUUUGAUCGAGGUUAGCAAAAAGGAGAUGGACGAGAUGGGAUUGUUCGCCAGUAUCCUUGGCCAUAUCGGCGACGGAAACUUCCACGAAAGCAUUAUCUAUAACCGCAAGAUCCCCGAGGAGAGAGAAAAGGUUGAGAAGUGUGUCAAGAACAUGGUCAAGCGCGCGAUCGAAAUGGAGGGAACAUGUACCGGCGAGCACUCCAUUGGUUGGGGUAAGAAGGAUUCGCUUCUUCUUGAGGUUGGUCCUGACACGCUCGACGUGAUGAAAUCCAUCAAGAAGGCGCUUGACCCGAAAUGGAUUUUGAACCCUGGUAAGAUCAUGGACAUUCCUGAGGGGUCCAAGACGAUCUGA